GUACCCAAGAAGUCCUAUACAGUAUGUCCGAUAACUCCAAGGCGCAUUUGAGUAGUAUUAGCUGAGCCAACCUGCAUUAACAAUGCCUAGUAGGUAAGGUGCUAACAUAGGUGAGUGGUUGGCGUGAUGCAGAUCGACCUAUACCUUGUGCGGGACUCGUUACCAUCGCCACCCGAUCGGGACUAGGUAAGUAACGUGUGAGGUAAUCAAGGCCGAGAAGUGCACGAAAGCGAUCCGAUAUGCUGCGUCGACGGUGCUUGACUUGUCCCGUGCUGACAAUUACCUAGGUAGGUAUUGUUAGGGGUCUGGGCAUCAUACAAUAACCCAUGUUAGAACUGCGGAGUAUAAAAACACUCAAAUGAGCUUGAAAAGGGCGAAGUCAAGAAAUUCAAACCUAGGUAGACUCGCGCAAUUAUUGAAAUAUCAUCAGUACCUGGGCAAAUAAUAAUAAUAAUCAUGGCGAAAGCUCCGGAUCUAAACAUCCCCGCCUCGACGUCCAUCGUGGAUGUCUCCAUCAUAAACACGGAGCAGACCAUUCGUGGGCUUCAUCCUGGGCGAUUUAUCUCGCCUGCGGUCCCCGGACAUGAUUACCUGGCAGCGCCGAUAUACUCCUUCUUAAUUAAACAUCCAGUUCAGAACCGGUCGAUGGUCUUUGAUCUCGGCCUCAGGAAAGAUAUCUGGAAUUGGCCUCCUGUUCUCGUGGAGGAAUUCAAGAAUGUCAAUGUCAACAUCAUCGUACCCAGACAUGUACGAGAGAUCUUGGAUGAUAAUGGUGUCGAUACCAAAAGCCUCGAGGCCGUCAUAUGGUCUCAUGCGCACCUGGACCAUACGGGAGACCCGACGACCUUCGAACCUCAUACGAAGCUGAUCGUGGGACCCGGAGUCAAGACCAAAGUCUUCCCGGGAUAUCCGGCAAACCCUGAGUCCAGAUUCCUUCUCGAGGCCGACUAUGCAGGCCGAGAAGUUCAUGAAUUGGACUUCAGCAAUUCGCCAAUCAAGAUCGGGAAAUUUCCCGCCAUCGACUACUUCGGCGACGGGUCGUUUUACUUCCUCGAUUCCCCAGGGCAUUGCAUCGGCCAUAUAUGCGGUUUGGCGCGCGUGACCAGUAAUCCGGACAGCUUCAUCUUGAUGGGAGGCGACAUCAUCCAUCAUGGUGGCGAACUCAGACCGCACCACUAUCACCCGCUGCCAGAUCAGAUCUCGCCUCACCCCUUCGACCCGGUAGCACCGACGCCGUGCCCUGGCGAAAUAUUCGAGAAGGUUCUGCGCGACGGCAAAGAGCAGCCGAUUUACGUCCCUUCUGCCACCUCCCCGAACGACCAGCCCACUGUCCACGAGAACGUAGAAGAAGCAAUCGAGAGUAUCAGGAAGCUUCAGGAGGUCGAUGCGUACGACAAUAUCCUCGUCGUUCCGGCUCACGAGCAGUACCUGCUAGGUGUGGCAGAUUUCUUCCCUAAGCCUGCGAACGACUUCAUGAAGAAAGGAUGGGUCAAGAAAGUCAGAUGGGGUUUCCUGGCGGACUUCGCUAAAGCUGUUGGUUAUGAGGCCAAGGUGGAAAACGCAGAUGAUUAUGGUCCGCUGCCCGAAGGCCAGUAUGAGAAUAAGUUGCUGAGUGGAGGGAAGUGAUAAUUGUAUAAGGUUGCGGUGUUGGGAUAGGUACCUAACAUGAGUAAUCUCAUCUCACAUGUCCAGCAAGGUACUCGCUGCUUAUAGCUGUCCCUGUAGGUAGUAGGAGGUCCAAUAGGAUGAGUUUGGAAUAUUCUCCUCGGAUCUUCAUUUUAUAAUCUGAUGCAUGUCUUAUUUGCCUAUCUCAGUGAACACUAGGUAUUGUUACGGUAGGUACUGCAUGUACUGGAAACUUCUGAGCCCUCUUAGGUAUAUUCUCUCACAUGCUCAUUCACAGCCCCUGGACUUGGGGCCACGAAGCCUGGUUCCAGAGUCACCCAGAUCAAUCACACUCAUUGGUCACCUUUCUGUCUAAGCAACGGCGACCCCCUUGGAUAAGAUGAUGGUAAGUGGAUGCUUUGCCAGCUUCUAUGCGCCUCCUGCCUCAGACCGGUGAAGGGUAUAUGGCCUACCUUGCCAGCCAUCAUCACCUCCAUCGUGUAUAUCUUCCCCACCAGAACUUACACCGGCCCUACUACGGGGCAAGCAGCGUGAUAUAGGACAUAAGUGGCGAGAGACAGCUCUCACACUGGGACCACUGCAUCAAACCACCAUGCCAGUACGUGACAUGUGAUGCCGAGACAACAGUCGUAACGCACAACUGCCAGGUUUGAGCACCUCGACAGGUCUAUACCUACCUACCCAUCAGCCCAUUCACAGGAAUCUGCAUCGCUGCUCUGACUGGCACUCCCCUUU